CGUGAUUCAUGAGGUCUUCUCAAAAGCUCGCCAAAGAUAGAGUACACAACGUGGUUUAUCGGGCCCAAGGAAUCGAUCUGCUGUAUCAUGGCAAUAUUCACGGCCCGGGGCAGAAUCCGCACAUUCUACGAGGCGAUAAGAUCAAGACGAGCAUCAAGGCCGACGACCUUGUCGACGCUUGUUUUCGAUAUCUAGUUCUUUCAGGACUUCUCCACACGCCGAAGCUGGAUUCGAUAAGGAUGAGAUGUAGUAAUUACACACGGCGAGAUGAAGGGCGAGUGUUUGGUACGGACCAUGGGAUUGUGAUUGAACUUGAAAGGUGGGAUUUGAGGAUGAUUCGAACAAAUGGCAGAAGAGUUUUUCUUCUUUUCGAAUCCUCAACAAUCAAGUAUCCAAGCGCACGAAUGACUCGAUCUCUGAACUUGCUCCGCUAGGCAGAUGGAGUGUCGAUAUUGUUAAACUCGCACUUUUUACAGUGCUUCAGAUCUGGUUUGGUUUGGUCCAGUUCGGGCUACCGCUGGCCGGAGAAAAGUCGAGGCAGGUUUUCGAAUGUGGUUAAGGUGUAGAUAUGAGAUCCUUCGAGAUCUGAAGGUCAAGAUUAGAAAGAGCAUUCUUCGAUUUUGCAAUGACUUCUCAGCGUCUGUCCAAAGUACAGUAUGGAGAUUCAUUUCUAGCUGUGGCUAGGUGUUCGAGAAUUUCAACGGAAAUACUUAAUUAUCAAAAGCGUUCUCAAAGGCCAAACAUACUUUGCGCUGAGGGCGGACAAUAGUCUAAUUCAUAUUGCAAAUUAGUCUCUCGUAGACC